AGCUGCAGCAGCCGGAGAGCCGGGCGCCGCGCGUCAUCGGGCGAGGAGCGCAGGGCGAUGGCGGCGCAGGGCGAGGGCGGCGAGCCGGCGGCCAAUCUGGCCGUGGUGGUGCGGGCAGCCGGCGAGCUGCGCCUGGAAAACCGACCGGUUCCUGAACCUGGUCCCAGUGAAGUGCUUUUGAAAAUGCACUCCGUUGGAAUCUGUGGGUCUGAUGUCCACUUCUGGCAACAUGGAAGGAUUGGAAAUUUUGUGGUGAAGGCUCCGAUGGUGCUAGGGCACGAAGCUUCAGGAACCGUUGUUAAAGUAGGGUCUUCAGUAACCAAGUUAAAGAAAGGUGAUCGAGUAGCUAUUGAGCCUGGUGUUCCCCGAGAGAUUGACGAAUUCUGCAAAAUUGGACGUUACAACCUAUCUCCCACCAUUUUCUUUUGUGCAACUCCCCCUGAUGAUGGGAACCUGUGUCGCUAUUACAAGCACGAUGCCAACUUUUGCUACAAGCUUCCAGACAAUGUCACCUUUGAGGAAGGAGCCCUUGUUGAACCUCUUUCUGUAGCAAUUCAUGCCUGCCGAAGAGCCGAGGUGACACUGGGUAGCAAAGUCUUCAUUUGUGGUGCUGGACCUAUCGGGCUUGUGACUUUGCUUAUUGCUAAGGCAAUGGGAGCCGCACAAGUGGUGAUUAGCGAUUUGUCUGCCACACGGCUUGAAAAAGCUGCAGAAAUUGGGGCUGAUUUCGCCAUCCAGGUAAAGGGGCAGAGCCCUGAGGAGCUGGCCAGUAUGGUGGAAAACAUGCUGGGCUGUAUGCCUGACAUUACCCUGGAGUGCACUGGGGCUGAAGCCUGCAUCCAGACUGGGAUAUAUGCAACCCGUUCUGGUGGGACUCUGGUUUUGGUGGGUCUGGGCUCAGAAAUGGCCACCUUGCCCAUUGUGAAUGCAGCUGUGCGGGAGGUGGACAUCCGUGGGAUAUUUAGAUACUGCAAUACGUGGCCCAUGGCAAUUGCCAUGCUUGCGUCGAAAAAAGUAAAUGUGCGACCACUGGUGACGCAUCGCUUUCCUUUGGAAAAGGCAACAGAAGCGUUUGAGGCAACCAAGAAAGGCAUUGGGAUAAAAAUUAUGCUGAAAUGUGAUCCAGAUGACCAGAAUGCCUGAGAAAAAAAAUCAUUGCACUCCAUUCUACUCUCCUGCUAGGGAGGAUUAAGAACAUGGAGAAGAAAAUUUAACCAAAAAAAUCAAAGCCUUAAAUUGGUGUUAAUGUAGAGCAUUCUCAAGGAAACAAAUGUUAUGCAAAUUAUUUUGAAACUUGACCUUCUUUAACCUAGAAAUAGACCUUGAAGUCAGAUGAAUAAAUGAUGUUUGUCCUGGGCUUAGAGGUGAAUUAUGUAGUUGCAACCAGCAUGAAACUGUAACAUUAGGCCUCCAGAUUCAAUUUUCUGCACAAUGCAUGAAUACUCAGCUUUUGUGAGGUUGUAUCAUUUCAGGACCCCUCUCAUAAGAAACUAUCCAGAUACUUGACACUGCAAGUAGAAUCUGCAGCAGCUGUGUCAAUAUGGAGUUCUCUGUUUGGGCAUGCCAGCCCAUCAGCUCUUCCAGCAGACUCUGUCUUCAUCCACACCCCAAUUUGCUCUGUAGCUAUUAAUCAGUAUUCUUUUUUAAGCCCCUUUUUCCUAAAGUUUUUUUUAAA